AUGUCUGACGACCAGGCACCCACCCUCGUGGCUGCUGGCAGCCAGGAAAAAGCAGCAAAGCCGCUGGGAAUGCGAAAGAAUGGCAAGCAGUGGCAUGCGCAAAAACAAGCCUUUCGCCCCACAAAAGGGCUGACGUCCUACGAGAGACGGACCAAAGAGAGAGCUGCUAUGGCUCAGAUGAAGGCCAAGGAGAAGGAGAUGAAGGACGAAAAGGAAGAGGCGCGUCAGGAAAAAAUACGAAAAAUCCGCGAAAAACGUGCCAAGAAGGAAGAGCGUGAGCGAUUUGAGAAAAUGGCCGAGACGAUGCACCGCAAACGCGUUGAGCGGUUGAAACGCAAGGAGAAGCGCAACAAGUUGAUCAAUUCAUGA